AUGGAUGUCAGCGUGGUUUUUGGAGUCCUAGGCAACAUCGUUGCAUCUCUGCUAUUCCUCUCACCGGCAGAUACUUUCUGGAGGAUACUGAAAAAUCGAUCGACCGAGGACUUUGAAAGCAUUCCAUACACAGUGCUGCUCUUGAAUGCAUCUCUAUGGAUUUACUAUGGAAUCAUGAAACCAGUUGUGCUUCUUGUGACCAUCAAUGGAUUUGGGGCCGUCAUGAUGAUUAUUUAUCUCACCAUAUUUGUAACAUAUGCUCCUCCUAGAAUGAAGGUGAGGACUGUGGCUACCUUUGUGGUAAUGAAUGUCGGUUUUUAUGCGAGUGUAAUUUUGGUGACUAAGUUGACCAUGAAUAAGGAUGCUCGAAUCAGUACCGCUGGCACACUCUGUGUUUGCGUUACUGUAAUUUCUUUUGCCUCUCCUUUGUCUGCUAUGAGAACAGUGGUGAUGACCAAGAGUGUGGAGUUCAUGCCGUUCUUCCUCACGUUUUUCUAUUUCCUUGUUGCUACCAUAUGGAGCAUUUACGGGAUAUUACUUCACGAUACUUUCAUUUUGAUACCAAAUGGAAUAGGGUUCGCACUUGGAGUAGCCCAACUUGUGCUAUACGCUUCGUACAGAAAACCGAGCCCAUCAAAGGCUGUAAAUGGUGGUAACUUGGAAGAGGGUGAUCAACAUCAACACCUCAUUGUAAACUAUGUAUAG